AUGUAUAUCGACGUGCUGCUAGAAGUGAGCCUUGUAUUGGCACUUGUGCGUGCUAGUUCUGCCCAGACGAUUGUCGUGGACGGCCACAUCAUCACUGCCGACGAGUCCACCAUAAAACCCGCUUUUGUAACGAUUGACGCCGCUUCCUCCAACGCAACAGCUGAUCUCUUUCCGGGGGAGACCCAUCAGCUUACCGAUGCCGUCUUGGCAAACCUGACCGACCUUGGGUUAACCAAUAUAGUCUUGUUCGGGUUUGCGGACCCUUUGACCGCCGGCAAUGCGUCUAUUAUUGGGCCCUGCAAGGUAUUUCCAGCUGACCCCGAUGUAUUUCCCAGCCAUAUAACUGAGAGGGUCUUUGACCUCCUCCUGGGCGGGAGCCUCAUUCAAACAAAGCCAUUUGCUUCGCCAUGCUACGGUGACUACGGAAAUGAAGACGCUGCCAGGUGUGCCGAGAUUACCUCGCACUGGUCAGAUGACUCUUUCAUCCACACAAACGAUCCAACGUCCAUCAAUGCAAUCUUGUUCGAGGGGACAUCAUGUGUGCCUCACACGGUGAAUCCAUACGCCAUUAACUGCACUAUUGGUGCAUAUCCAACAAUGUCAGUAAACGUGACCACUGUUUAUCAUAUCCAGCUUGCCAUCAACCUGGCGCGCAACUUAAACAUGCGACUUGUUAUCAAGAAUACUGGCCACGACUACAGCGCAAAGUCAACAGGAGCGGGUGCCCUUUCUGUGUGGACCCACAACCUAAAGGGCAUUGAGUACUACAGCAAUUAUGAGGAAGGGUCGUACAAAGGACACGCCUUCAAGAUGGGAGCCGGGGUCCAAGUAUUUGAAGCAUACGAGGCAGCGCACCAGAGGAACCUUGCGGUUAUCGGUGCGGGGGGAAAGACAGUUGGCAUUUCAGGAGGGUAUAUCCUUGGUGGUGGCCACUCGCCUCUGUCUAGUAUAUAUGGAAUGGCGGCGGACCAAGUUCUUUCGAUGGAAUUGGUUACAGCCGAUGGCCGCUUCCUUACGGCCAGUGACACAUAUAAUCCUGAGUUGUUCUGGGCUCUCAGAGGCGGGGGCGGCUCGACUUACGGGGUUGUAACGUCAAUGGUGGUCAAGGCAUUCCCUGAAAUGCCAGUUACGACGAUGACUUUUAGUUUGUCCACUGGGGAGCAGGUAUCCGUUGAUCAAUUCUGGCUAGCUGUGCGUGCUUAUCUUACGGACCUUGUCAAGUAUACUGACGCUGGCAACUACGCUCACUUCAAUAUCAAUGCGACGAGUGGUGCUUAUAUCUGGGACAUGGUGCCGUGGUUCGCGCCAAACAUGUCCAGGCAGGAGCUACAGGUACUAGCAGGCCCAUUCUUCGAAGCAAUAAGGGACAUUGGGCUUGAUCUGAAGCCAGUCUACCAGGAGUAUACCAAUUUCUACGAUGCAUGGGAUAAUUCCUUUCCCCUUGAAUCGUGGGGCUCUAAUCUUGCUCGAUACGGUAGCAGGCUUUUCCCGCGUGAAAAUUGGGAGGACUCAGCGAAGCUGUCGUCUACCUUUGCAGCUAUCCGGCAUGUGGUAGAUCAGGGCGGAGCAGUGUCAGCAUACAACGUUGCCGCGGCACCCAAGUCCGGGUAUCCCGACAGUGCUGUUAACCCCGCGUGGCGCAAAACAGUUCUCCAUGCUAUCGACAUUGUUUCUUGGGCUCAAGAUAUGUAUACAGAACUCAUCACGAUUUGGAGCAAUGUACUUACGGCGGACUGGGGAACGACGUGGCGGAAUGUAUCGCCAGGGUCCGGGGCAUAUCUCUCCGAAUCGGACUACAUCGAGCCCGACUUUCAGCAGUCAUUCUGGGGCAAUAAUUACGAUAGGUUGUAUAAAUUGAAGAAGAAGUUGGAUCCGUGGGAUGUGUUUUACGCCCGGAAUGCAGUUGGGUCAGAAGACUGGGAGAUGUCAGAUUAUAUAUUUGGCACCCUUCCUUCUCAGAACAGUCGUCUAUGCCGGAAGGGUACGAAUCUCUCCCAGUGA